CUCGAGUGAUCUCUAUACUCUGUACUCUGAAGAAGUGGAAGAAACCAGAGGGAAAAUCGAGUUUUGGGAUGGGCAUGAGAGCAAAAACAAAGAGAUGACAUGGUGCAAUGAUUCAGACGAUUAUAGGGCUCUUCAGAUAAUCACGGCAACUUCUAAAGAAAAUACAAAUGUUCUCAACCCACCCAAAACCGAUGAUAUCAGGAAUACCAUAACAUGCCCAUCAUGUGGCCAGGACAUAGAGUUCCAAGAUCAGGCCGGAAUUCAUGAUUUGCCGGGGCUACCAGCAGGGGUGAAGUUUGAUCCGACAGACCAUGAGAUUCUUGAACAUUUAGAGGCAAAGAUUCUGUCUGAUACGCGAAAGCUUCAUCCUUAUCUUAUUGAUGAAUUCAUCCCAACACUUGAGGGAGAGAAUGGAAUUUGCUAUACUCAUCCAGAAAAACUACCAAGUGAUUCUUACCCUAAUUAAUUAGCAUAUAUAUGUUUCUUUCAUCUCUUAAAUUCUAUGAUUUUGGGACAAUAAAUAUUUACAAGGCACGAGGUUACACUAUUUAUUGUUAAUUCUAGUAAUGACAAUAAGGCUAAUAGUGAAAUGAG